CGCCUUACCCCCGCAGCCUCAUGACUCCCUCCGGCCCCCGCCCCCUCGGCCGCCGCUCCGCCUCCCCGCAGACGGGUGAGAGGUCAGAGACGACAGGAUGAUGGCGGAAGAGAAAGCGCCAGGCGGCGGCAGCAAGACCAGAAAUCCCCGCAGACGCCCAGGAAAUAAGCAGUCCACUUUGAAAAAUGAAGAUGCUGCACAAAGGAAAGCAGCUCUUGAAGCUGCUAUCAGAAAGAAGAUAGAGUGUGAGCGAAAAGCCUUGCAAGUCGUUGAAUGCCUCUUGGAAGAUGGUAUCACCGAAGACUUCCUCUUAGAUUGUGGGAAGCUCAUAACACCUGCUCACUAUAAGGAUGUUGUGGAAGAGCGAUCCAUCAUCAAAUUGUGUGGCUACCCCAUAUGUCAAAAUAGGCUACAGAAUGUUCUAAAACAAAGGUACCAAAUUUCUACAAAAACGAACAAGGUUUAUGACAUCACAGAAAGAAAAUGUUUUUGCAGCAACUUCUGUUACAGAGCAUCCAAAUACUUUGAAAAUCAGAUAUCCCCAAGUCCAGUCUGGCUCCGAGAUGAAGAAAGGCCACCAGACAUUGAAUUACUACAACAGGGGGCAAGGGGCCACUCUGGGAAGGAAGUCAAAUUAGUUGAUGAAGACAUUAAACCUUUAGACAUCGAAAAUCCUGUCCCCGAAGCCACCCUAAGUGACUCUGGAUCAGAUAGUGAGAGCAGCAGUGAUGCUGAGCAAGAAUUUGUUUCAUCCGUCCUGCAAGAGAACCUGCCAAAGGUAGGAAAGGGUGUUUCACUGGCGUCCCAAAAGAGCAAACUGAAAAAAAGCCCUGCUGGGAAGGCCCGCCCCAAGCCUGUCGCGACGGAAGAUGCAGUUAAUGGGGCAGCAGAGCAGCUCAGCAGGUGCCAUUUGGAGGCCCUAGAAAAGAACCCCACGGUUCCUGAUAACCCUGAAGCCGAAAGAACCCACAGUUCUAGUCAGAGUCUAAUUUCGAACACUGUACAGGCUUCAGAAGGCUCACAGCUGGUUUUCCUUGGGGUGAGUCACAAAGGGGCAGAACACCUGAAGAGGUUGCUUGCGAAAUCCAAACACCCUGUCCAACAAGAGUCAAGAGGUCAGGGAGACCCUCUUGUGGCCAAAGGGAGUUUGUUGGAAGGUCUCAGGCAAACGUUUGCUGAAUGGAGGACUGAAGAGACAUUGAGACUUCUCUAUGGUUCCAGCUUCUCGAGUGCCCAUGUAUCCCAGCAGAUCUCGCCCGCCAGUUGUGAGAAAGAAGACCUUGAUGAGGAUGAUUUGGACGGUGCUGAUCUACUGAAGGCUGCUGCUUUUGAAGAGGACUCUUUCAACAGCUUCGACCCGCCUUCGCCUUUCAAGGGCUCCAGUACAGCAGCCAAACCUUUACCGAGUUAUGAAAAAUUGAAAGAAGAGACAUCACAGAUGAAAUUAAAGGUGAGGGAAUUUUAUCAAGGAAAGUUCACCUCAGCUGAAGAAGAUUUGGCGGCCCAAUCUGAAAAGGAACAGCGCCAUAGCAGCACUGAAGAUGAUCAGCAGUGGAUUCCUGUUUUGCCACUUGUCGAUUCCAGUGCUCAACAGCAGAUUCGGACACGGAUAGUGCUUGAAAAACUGCAAAAGGUGUUGCCUGUUGUAUUGGGCCCUCUUCGGAUUCCUCUUGGUGAUGUUUAUAGUGAAAUGAAAAACCUGGUUAAAACAUUUAGGCUAACGAAUACAAAUAUUAUUCACAAAACUCCAGUAUGGACUUUAAUUGCUAUUGUGUUGCUGUCUGUGCUGUCAGAAAAUAUUCCUAUGUUUGCAAGUUGCCAGCAAAAUCGAGGAUAUACACAGUUUCUUGCUACUUUACUUGAAGAAUUACAUUUCAAACAUGAAGACUUUGAAAGUUUAACAGGAAUAUUUAAAAGAGAUUAUCUUCUUUACUGAGAAAGAUGAUCAUCUUGAGCUUUUGCCCCUUGGCCAGAAAUGCAAUCAAGACUGAAAGAACAUUGUUGGUGGCCAGACAAUUUAGUGUCAACGCAUCAGUACUUUACAUGGAUGUGGGGUGGGGAAAAUAAAACCUCACUGAGCUAUCAUCCAUCUACAUUCUGUGAACAAGUGCUGUGAAAGUAUUCUGGUUGACAGGUGGUUAUUGUUCCACUCCUGUUUUUAUCAAGCCGAAGUUAAGUUCUGUUAUAGUUGAAAGAAGCAUUUAUACUACUCUAAGAAUAUUACAGGUUUUGUUGUUUCUCAUGUCAUUGAACCAUGCCAGUUUGAAAACAUGGAGCACAUUUCCAGAUAUUUGUGCCGUUUCAGUAAGUUGCACUAAUAGGGAAUACCAAAGACAUGUGAGUGCAUGCAUCUCUUUGGUUUCUCACAAGAAUAUUACAUUCAAUGUUUGUGCAAAUGCAAAGGAAAAUUUUAAUCAGUUCUUUGAUUAUUUCCUCCAUGCCCCCCCUCCCAAAAGUAACAAGUUCCUUGGGAUGCCUUUUUGGUUUUUUUAAUAUAAAGUUAACAUAGGGAACAUAAAAAUUUCAGUAAUCACAAAAUAAUAGCGUAUCUGGAUGGUUGAGAACUUUUCAGUGAAUGAAACGGUUGAAUACUUUGUAGCCCAUCAGCCCUUGUAACUCAGUGUUGCUUUAUGACAGUAUUCAGUUAAUACACAGUUCUUCCUUAGUUCAUAGCAGUGCCAAUUCUUGCUUUGCCUCUUCGGCAACCAAAAAAUUAUGUUCCACCUAAUGGGAUCAUGAAGCCAGAAGGAAUCUGGAGAUCUUCUGGUCCACCCCCUUGUUCAGUGAAGCUUUGAGACACAGGUUGCAACUUUUUAUUUUUACAUUUCCUGUCAGCAUGAUUUUUUUUCAGGUUUAUUUUAUGCUCACUCUUUAGUUCUUAGUCUCUUGAAAACAUUUGAGCUUGUUUAUAAAAUGAGAAUGCCUGGUCAUCUUUAAGAAAAUAAGUUUGUCCUUGAAAUAAAAUCCUUCUCUAACAAUA